AUGGAGCUGUGCCGUCAGCUAGACGUAACAGGUAUGUCAGUCCUGGGCCGUCCUGCCACACGGGUAUCUGAUGCCCAAAGGGGAGGUCACUCCCACGCGUCUCAGGGUGCGAGCUGUGGAAUGCGACUGUCACGUCCCAGUUCUUAGAAAGAGGUCGCGACAACAAAGGUCUGGUCUCUUUCUUAGCCAGUAGUACGUCUCUCAAUCGGCGCCUUCACUGAUGAGUCACGAGGCUGACGUGAUUCACGACCGGACCUGGCUUGUGGAAAUGCAGCUCGGACUUCAGCCUGCUUGCUCAUGGAGCUAGGUCUCAGAGAUGUUGACGAAUUGGAAAGUGAGGCGCGCUUUGGUCUCACAGGUAUAUCUUCCCUGCCUUCUGCUCAUCCGCUUGGAGCUUCACGUAGCUCGCUCUCGACUACUGGGAUGCUACGGCAAGACUGCUUCGUCACUUUGCAGUGAGCAGGAGCGCGCCCACGACAAAUGGACAAAAGCCGCGCCUCACAUGCAACCUAUAUUCGCACAGAGGUCGAUGAGUUGGAUCAAGCCAAGGAGCUCAGCCGUAGAGCUGCUCAGCUGGACGAUGCCCUUUCCAAACGCCUCAAAGAGCCGCCGGGAGCCGUGGGAGAGACGUUGAGCAAAAGCGAUCGUGAAGCGGGCGUUUCCUACUCAUUGGCUCAGUUCGACAUCGUAGGUCCCAGUCUGGGCGAUUUGCACCUAUGACAGAUUAGUACUGAACCACUCGACAGGCACUUGUUGACAAUGCGGACGAGCUCGCUACUGCAGCCAUCGAUCGGGCUGAAGGUGCGUGGUAAAUCAGUGCGCUAUCCAACGAGAUUGCUGAGGCUGGCAUCCCUCCCGCAUCCAGAGUACUGCGGUACAGACAGAGCACUCUCAGUACGUUACAAUCUGCGGCUGUGGCAAAGUCGUCCCAGCUGAAAGCGACUUGCUUGACAGGGACAAGUGGCCACAGCUUGUCUAAGUCGUGGCACGAGUCAUCUCCGAGCGUUCCUGUCCAAGCCCGUCCCACCGCAGGCUGACCUGGCUCGAAGAGCAAUAUUCUGGCUGCAGCGAGCCACGAGAAUACUAGAGGCAGGUCAAGAGUCGGAUAUCACCCGACCCCUGCUGAUACGCUGCUUGCGUAAACUGGGUGGGUGCUGUUGCAGAUGAGGUCGCAUAGAUCGAACGAUUCAUUUCUACUUAGUGAACGUACUGAGAUCGGUCCGCUUUGAACAGCUCGCGCUCACUGCGCUUUCGCUCGCAUCGAUACGAAGGACUUCAGAGCAGCCGAAGCAGCUCUCAAGGAGGUGUCCGAUAUGUACAAUGAGCAGGCACCGCACGAGUUCGAUACUGUGAGCGCCCUCCUCUCCUGCUUUCAGCGCUGCCAUCUUACUAAAAAUCUAGAGCUCUUCAGCGCCUUGCUCUCCUCCACGUCGAAGUCCUGCAGCUGCGCAGUGCUUCAGAAUUGGAGCUGCUACCUCUAUACAAGAAGCUUUUCCAGCACAUGAAGUGGACUGAGGAGACUGUGAAUCGGUGAGCGGAACCCGGCACCGUUUCGGAAGCGCAGCUCGCUGGCCGCUGAGACAGACUCGCCUAGUACGCUCAUACUCUUGAGACCUUUGGAUCAGGCUCGGUUCGUUCGCAAGCAAACAACCUAUGAUGUUGGGCCUGCUGAUAUCCCUCUGACGCUCACGCGCCGAUGAGCAGAGCAUUACACUCGAACGUUUUCUCAACACUUAUCAACGCUGCUGCGUCGAAGCCCUCUGAACGUGGAUCAUUUGUCGGACGCAUCCUAUUUACCUUUCUGGUCUCUUGUCGGCAAGAGACAGAUUUGGACUACUUCGAGAAUAUGCUGAACGGUGCGGACGGUGUUGUGUGAGGCGGUCCUGAAGCCCAGAUCGAUACUGAUUUGGCAUCCCGAGCCUAUACUGCUAGUUGUCGCAGCAGAUGACGAGAUCAGGAUGGAUCAAGCUGACACGAUGGCCUUGAUGAUAUUGAUUUGGAGAAGGGGGGACACCUUGUCUAGGGGCAGAAAGCCUCAGCUUCAGGAAGCAUCGCGAGCUUACGGACUGGGCACACAUCGAGCCUUUUUCCACGAACCAGGAACCGUGGCGAAGAGCAUCAGGUUCGUCUCGCCGUCGUAGCACGAUGCGUUCAUGCAGCCUGAGCAAGGGCUCUCGUAAUCGCGACAGGAAAGUUGCACUGUGCCAACUCGAACUCAACAAUCCCCAGUCGGCGAUGGACAUCCUCGCCAAUUGUCCUGCCUCGGUGGCAAACGAUGCAUCCAAUCAUUUUGUCGCCUUUAUCUGUGCCAUGCGUCUGGGAUCCAAGGAAAUGGCCCUUCAAGCUUUCGACGCUCUCGUUUGCGCAUCCAACUUUCUCAAUCAGAUGCUGCCGAUGGUGAGAGAUCAAAAGGUCUGACAAUAGUCCUGCCAUCAAUUCAUCGCCGAGAUCCCUGUGCAUAGGUCAUUCAAGAAGCGCAGCAAGCAGGCUUCACCAGAAUCUUGUUACGCGCCAUGUCGGAGACGGCUAUACGAGCAAGAAACGACGCUGAAUUUUCGCGCAGUCUGGACUUGACACUUCUGGGCCGGUGAGAGGAUAAGGAGAGGCCUGUUGUGUACCAUCACAAUUUGGACGCCUGACAUUUUUCCUCGAUUCAGUACUAUUAUCAAAGCACACUUGCCAACGUCCGAUCAGAAUUUUGGGUGAAUCCCUUCUUAAAAAGGUAGGACUGGAACCCCCGCUGAUCCACGCCUUUGAAUGCCUCAGGUUGCACGACGCAGAACAGCUUCUUCUCAGCUUCAAGUCCAGUAAGUCGCACCCUAGGGUAUGGACAGCUCCGCUGCUGACUAGUAUUCGGUUUCCAGGCCUUGCCAUCUUUCAAGCAGGACUGGAAGGUCGAGACAGCAACUCGAAGCUACCCGAAGAGUGCGAAUGGGUGGCGAAGACUGGUGCGCUAUCGUGGUUGCGCGUUGGUUUCUUGCCCUCUGCCGACACUUGUCACACGCAGCGUACAACACCGCUAUACAGCUUGCAGAUUCUGUGGACCCUGGAUUGAUCACUCAAUUGUUUGACAUUGCCAGCGAGGUAAGGAGGUAUCCAUAGGCCGGAAGUAAUGCGAGCGCGCUGACCGCUCGUAUUUCAGGCCUUUGAAAUGUGGCGCUUAUUCAUGAAGGGCAGCGGCGAGACCGAAAUAUUCCGCAUGAAGCUGAUGGCGCAGGUCACAGCGCUCGUGGGUCAUUGCGUACAAGCGCGACGACGUGACGGCGAGAGUGAUCUCGUGAGUCCGUCACGCCGGUCAAUACUCUGCAAUGAGGUCUGCGAAGCUCAACACGCACGCGCAGCAGUGGGAGCAGGUUCACGCGCGUUGUGAAGCAGUCAAGGCAACGCUCCAGCACGUUGCACAAAGCUGCGCACAGCUUACAAAGGAAGACCAUAAACGUGCUGAGCAAGUGCAAGUGAGAUGCGCUGGUAUCGAUCGUAGCCGUAUCGCCGCGACCCAUAUAGAGCCGCUCAGAGCCGCUACAAUCACCCCGCAGUUGACGGUUGAGCUGGCUAUGUGGGAAGCACACGUCCGCACUCACAAUUAUUCUGGAGUACAAAGUAGCUUGCAGGUGAGGGGCCCCAAAAAUUUUCAUUGGGCUCGGUCUUUGCUGAGAAUCCUCGUGCAGGCCAUGACCCAAAUUCCCGUGGCAGAGGCUGCUGCCGAGAUGCUCUGGAGGUCGCCGGAGACUCCCAAGGAGAUGCUAAUGCGUGCUGUGAACAAAGUGAUAGGCUUGAUGGCAGAAACGAGGUGUGUUCGUUCGAUGGGUGACGCCCUUACGACCCCACCUGAUGAUGCUCUGUCUGGCCCUUUAUACGAUAGCGACCCGGCCAGGUAUCUCCGGUGGAUUCGAGCGCUAGUCUCGCUACAUUUGGAGGGCAAUGGACCACCAGAGGUCGAGGUACUGGAAGCAUUCCAGAGCGCUGUGGCUUACGUGAUCGAAGCGCAGCGUCGAAAUAGUCAGACACCGCCCCGCGAUGAGAUCCUUUGGCUCCUAGCGACAGCUGUGAGUAUCAGGGCAUUAGAAGUAUCGAAUGCAAAUUGCUGACGCGUGCCACGUUCGGAAAUCCUCCUGCAGUGGGACUGUGGGAUGACGCUUUGGCAGUGA